CCGAGCAAGUUAGAACGGCAUAUGAUAGUCGUGCUUGUGCUAGCACUGACUAGCACCCCCCUAAAAUUUUCUUUGCGCUUAUCUCGAGAAUGGUCAUUUUGGACUGAAAAAGUCGGAAAUCCGCCGAUCGGUGGAAAAUUCUCAUCCGCGUGUAAUAAAUCCAUUUGCUGUUAACGUUUUCUAAUCAUUGGUCAUAUCUUCCUCGACUCGUGAACACGCGUAGGGUCCAAACUCGCAAAUCCCUACAAUACCUUCGAACAAUUUCGUAUUCAUUUAACCUACCCUGCAUGUUGUGAGGAUGUAGGAGGAAACCGGAGAACAUAUACAGAGUAAACCCAGGCUGGCACGGAAGAACACGCAAACUACACGCAAGCGAGGCAGGAUUUGACACGUCCUGAGAUCUGUUGCGAUUCACCGCUGGCGCUGUUUAAAUUUUGUCCAACAGACGGCGAUCACAGACCACUAAAGAGGACGCGCGCGCUCCACAGCGUAAUCAACAUCUUACGUGCGCGUAUCCGAGAAACUGUGACCAAGAUGGCGUCUGUCGCCGGAUCAAAUGUCGUAGUUCCUCGCAAUUUCCGGCUUCUGGAGGAACUGGAAGAAGGUCAGAAAGGAGUUGGAGAUGGCACAGUUAGUUGGGGCCUUGCCAACGAUGACGACAUGACCCUCACUCACUGGAACGCCACCAUUAUUGGCCCCCCCAAGACUGUUUAUGAAGGCAGAAUAUACGGUCUAAAAAUCGAAUGUGGACCCAGAUAUCCAGAUCAUCCUCCUCAUGUACGCUUUGUGAACAAGAUCAACAUGGUUGGUGUACAUACAUCAAAUGGCGUUGUCAACUUUGGGGGUGCACAUUAUACUUCAGGACGCAUUAUACUUGAGAAAUUACGGUACUUCAUCCAGUUCUUCAGGGGGGAUCCUGAGGCGUUCCCACGCCAGCUGGGAGAGUUACGUCUCUCCAGGGUGUCUUGGAAUGUCCCCAGGAUCUCCUCCCAGUGGGAUGAUCCUGGAGUUCCUCACCAGGGACAUGUCCAGGAGGCAUCCGAUUCUGAUCCUCCAGCCACCUCAUCUGGUUCCUCUCAAUGUGGAGGAGUAGCGGCUCUACUCUGAUCUCCUACCGAAUGAAUGACUCACCAUAUCUGUUCAGGAAGACACCCUGUGUAGGAAACUCAUUUCGGCUGCUUGUGUCCGGGAUUUUAUUCUUUCGGUCACGACCUACAGCCCAUGACCAUAGGGCUAGGAACGGAAAUCAAUCAGUAAAUUGAGAGCUUUGCCUUUCGGCUUAGCUCCUUCCUUACCACAGCAUACAAAGUCUGCAUCACCUUAGACGGGGAACCUGCUUGUUUAUUUCCCGUUUCAUUCUUCCCUAACUCGUGAACAAGACCCGAGGAUACUUAAACUCCUCCACUUGGGGUAGGAUCUCAUCCCUGACAAAACACAGGGACACUAGUUGGGGAAACUCCCAUGCACCAUCAAAGACACUCCUGAGAGUUUUGAGAUUUUCCAUUGUUCGAUGGCCAAGACGAAAGCCACAGUGCUCCUCCUGACUCCAAGAUUUGACUUCACAAUUGACCCUCCUCUCUACCACCCCUGAAUAGACCUUACUAUGGAGGAUCAGGAGUGUUAUCCCAAUGUAGUAGGAACACACCCUCACGUCCCCCUUCAUAAAAAGGGAAGCACCACACUUGUUUGCCAAUCCAGAUGCACUCUGCCUGAUAUCUAUGUGAUGUAGCAGAGGGAUAUCAAGCAGCAUCACGACAUCCAGAGACUUUUGAAACUCCACCUGAAUCUCAUCCCACCCUUGGGAACUUACCAGGGAGCUUUUUUUUUUUUACCACUUCUGUGACCUCAUCCCUAGAGAUCAGAGCCACCUCAAGAAAUACAAACUCUGCUUCCUCAUGGGAAGGCAUGUCAGUGGAAAUGAGGUAAUCGAAAUAUUCUUCCCUCUCACUCACAAUAUUCUGAGUCGAGGUCAGCAGUGCCCCAUCCCCACUAUGCACAGUGUGGUUGGUGCAGUGCUAAACCUGGAGACGCGGGAUGGUGGAUCAGAAUUUCCUCGAAGCCCUCUGGAAGUCUUUCUCCAUGGCCGCGCUGCACUCCUCCCAUGACCAAGUUUUUGUUUCAGUGACCACCAAAGCUGGAUUACACUUGACCAGCCUAUCUAUACCCAUCAGCUGCCCCAGAUGUCCCACACUCCAAAAAGUCUUGCUAGGACUCCUCCUUCAGAUUAACAGCUAUUGAGUUUCUCCAGUUUAUAGAGUAAUCUGAUAUUUGUGAAAAUGUUUUGAGAUUGAUAACUGCAUGAAGAC